CCCUUUUCUCACACCACCAUAACUAAUAGCCCUUCUCUUCUCCAUACCAGCAAUGGCUCGCUCUUCUCUUUUUACCUUUUUAUGUUUAGCAGUUUUGAUCAAUGGCUGCCUCUCUCAGAUUGAGCAGCAGAGCCCCUGGGAAUUCCAAGGCAGUGAAGUAUGGCAACAGCACCGCUACCAAUCUCCCAGAGCCUGUCGUCUUGAGAAUCUCCGAGCUCAAGAACCCGUUCGCCGGGCUGAAGCGGAGGCCGGUUUCACUGAAGUCUGGGACCAGGACAACGAUGAGUUCCAGUGCGCCGGCGUCAAUAUGAUCCGCCAUACAAUCCGGCCCAAAGGUCUGCUUCUUCCUGGUUUCUCUAAUGCUCCUAAACUCGUCUUCGUCGCCCAAGGCUUCGGUAUUCGCGGCAUUGCCAUCCCCGGCUGUGCAGAGACUUACCAGACUGAUUUACGAAGAUCGCAAUCGGCCGGAUCUGCGUUCAGAGACCAGCAUCAGAAGAUCCGCCCCUUCAGAGAAGGAGAUCUCCUCGUCGUCCCGGCCGGAGUUUCUCACUGGAUGUAUAAUCGAGGACAGUCCGAUCUCGUUUUGAUCGUAUUCGCAGACACUCGCAACGUCGCCAACCAAAUCGAUCCCUACCUCAGAAAAUUCUACCUUGCCGGAAGGCCAGAGCAGGUAGAAAGAGGCGUUGAGGAAUGGGAGAGAAGUAGCCGAAAGGGAUCUUCCGGCGAGAAAUCAGGCAAUUUAUUCAGCGGAUUUGCAGACGAAUUUCUAGAGGAAGCUUUCCAGAUCGACGGUGGAUUGGUUCGGAAGCUAAAGGGAGAAGACGACGAGAGAGACAGAAUCGUGCAGGUCGACGAAGAUUUCGAGGUGCUUCUACCGGAGAAAGAUGAAGAAGAGAGAUCGAGAGGAAGAUACAUCGAAUCAGAAUCAGAAUCGGAGAAUGGCUUAGAAGAAACCAUUUGCACACUCCGAUUAAAGCACAACAUCGGCCGAUCAGAACGCGCCGACGUGUUCAACCCACGCGGCGGCCGAAUCUCCACCGCCAACUACCAUACCCUCCCCGUUCUCCGCCAAGUCCGCCUCAGCGCCGAACGAGGAGUCCUCUACAGCAACGCGAUGGUGGCGCCGCACUACACAGUGAACAGUCACUCAGUGAUGUACGCGACGAGAGGCAGCGCGAGAGUGCAGGUGGUGGACAACUUCGGACAGUCGGUGUUCGACGGCGAGGUCCGGGAAGGACAGGUACUGAUGAUUCCGCAGAACUUCGUGGCGAUAAAACGAGCAAGCGACAGAGGAUUCGAGUGGAUCGCAUUCAAGACGAACGACAACGCAAUCACGAAUCUGCUGGCGGGGCGAGUGUCGCAGAUGAGGAUGUUGCCGCUGGGAGUGCUGUCGAACAUGUACCGGAUCUCGAGAGAGGAGGCUCAGAGGCUGAAGUACGGGCAGCAGGAGAUGAGGGUGCUCAGCCCCGGAAGGUCGCAGGGAAGAAGAGAGUGAAGAUGAAGAAGUGGGUAGUGGGUAAUGGGUAAUGGGUAAUAUAUAUAUAUAUGGUAGUAGUAAUGUAAUGUAAUUUAGGGAAUAAAGAGCGAGCUUUCAGGUGAUGCCGCCGACGAGCCCUGCUUGUUACCGGCCGGAAAAAAUGGAGAAAUCUCUCAGAAAGACACUGAGUUUUAAUAAUAAAAGUAAUAAUAUUCGCCUCUUUUUUC